AUGGUCGAAAUCACAAAAGACAUUGAGGAGACUCACACUUCUGAUACUAGACAGAAUAAUACAAUUAAUGAUAGAGUGGUUAAGUUUACAACUAUAUGUGAUAUCAACCUGAUAGACCAACAGAGCAGUCAAUUUAGUAAUAGAACGAGAUGCUUGAUAUUCGCGACGACGUUGGCCGCGGCGCUUGCCACGUUCGGUCAUGAACACGUCCAUAUAAGAGUCCACAUACCGGAGGGUGGAGGAUUCGGCGGGGGCCAUGGGGGAGGAUUUGGAGGUGGUCACGGAGGAGGAGGAGGAUUUGGAGGUGGUCACUCGGCAAUCAUCAUAACCAGUCCUGGUGGAGGCGGAGGUUAUGGAGGAGGAGGAGGUGGAGGUCACGGAGGUGGCGGAGGCUUCGAUGACCACCACGGUGGAGGAGGUUUCGGAGGAGGUGGAGGCUACGGAGGCGGAUUCGGGGGUGGCGGAGGAUUCGAUGACCAUCACGGUGGUGGAGGCUUUGGAGGCGGUGGUGGAGGCCACGGAGGUGGAUACGGAGGCGGAGGUGGAGGUGGAGGCCCUAUUAUAGAACAUAUUGAAAUUGGAGGCGGCGGUGGUGACCAUCAUGGCGGUGGUUUCGGAGGAGGAGGAGGAGGUGGAUAUGGAGGAGGCCACGGAGGUGGAGGUGGAUAUGGGGGAGGCGGUGGAGGAGGCCAUGGAGGUGGAGGUGCUAUUGUUUCGGAGGAGGAGGAGGUGGAUAUGGAGGAGGUCACGGAGGUGGAGGUGGAUAUGGAGGAGGCGGUGGAGGAGGCCAUGGAGGUGGAUAUGGAGGAGGAGGUGGAGGAGGCCAUGGAGGUGGAUAUGGAGGCGGAGGUGGAGGCGCUAUUGUAG